AUGGUUAUUAUCGAUGGUGAAUUCCAACGCUUGAGAGAAUUCCGAGAAAUUAAGCUAGACGACGAAAUACUAGCUUUUCUACAGGCUGCGAAUUCGUCGUUGAAAUCAAAGGGCGCAACAAACCCCCGAGGCCCCUUCAAGAGAUCGCUCAUCCACUACGCGGCAAUGGGAGAUUGCUCCGAGCUUCUUCGUCUUCUCCUAAAAACUGGUGCAGCAAAAGAUGAUCGUGACCAGAACAGGCGGACGCCUCUCUCCUGGGCUACAGAAUAUGGUGCCUUGGACUCCGUGAAAAUUCUCUUGGAAUGUGGAGCGAAAGUCAACUCCACGGACGAUAUGUAUUCGAGACCUUUGUCGUGGCUGAUGCACUCGGGUGCGGCUACGGGACAAUUCGAAGCCACAGAAGCCUAUUUGAGGGAAAAUGGUGCGAAGAAGGCUGCUAAGCCACAUUGGACAUUGAGGAAGAUCGAAGUAUUUUGA